AACUGGAUGCAGUAUUCCAGACUACUGAAAGAAUUAACAAACAAAUACAUUGUACAGAUUGCAUGUGGUGAUCAUCAUUCCAUGGCUCUUUCAAAAGGAGGAGAACUCUUUGCCUGGGGUGAGAAUGAACAUGGGCAGCUUGGAGUGGAAAAGAAGAUGGGUCACGUUAAGGAACCACAGCCGGUACUAGCACUGGAAGGCAUUCCUUUGAUUAUGAUUGCAGCUGGAUCUGCUCACAGCAUGGUUGUCUCUAUAUUUGGGACUGUUUACUCUUGGGGAAAAAAUACGUUUGGACAACUGGGCCUUGGAGACACAGAAGACAGAUACAUUCCUGCACAUGUCAAGGCAUUGGAGCAUAAGAAGACAGUUUUUAUUUCAUGUGGUGGCGAGCACACUGCAGUUCUCUCAAAGGAUGGAUUAGUCUGCACCUUUGGAUCUGGCUGCUACGGGCAGCUUGGCCACAAUUCCACCUGCAAUGAGCUGUUUCCACGUCUUGUGGCAGAGCUGUUUGGUGCACAAGUGACCCAGGUAGCGUGCGGAAGAUGGCACACUUUGGUUUAUGUCCCGGCACUUGGGGAAGUAUAUGCAUUUGGCUAUGGAGGAGAAGGGCAACUUGGAGAAGGAAGAAUAAGUGACCAGCUGGUUCCCCUUCCUCUUGAUCUGGCUGUUUGUAAUAAACACAUGAAGUACAGAAGUACCUUGGGCAAGGUAGUUAAAAUCAUUGCUGGAGACAACCAAAGUAUUGUGCUUCAUCUGGAAGAAAAGAAUGCAUACGCUAAUGUAAUGCAAACACUGGCCACAGUGGAGGAGGAAAAGUUUGCUAAGUGGUUGUCCAAUUCGGAUCCCAGCUGCUGGAAUAAUAUACAAUGGUAAAUACCACCACAGCUAAUCUGAUUUCCACAAUUGCUGCAAACAAAUAGACAGUCCUCA